AUGGAGCCGAUGUUCAGUCCACCGCUUCACAGGCAGAGACAUCAGUUUGUCAUCGACUUUGUCAAGAGGAACAAAACCAAAAAGGUGGUCGACUUGGGAUGCAGUGAGUGCAGCCUUCUCCAAAAACUGAAGUUUCACCGUGAAAUUGAACUGCUGGUUGGAGUGGACAUCAGAGGUGCCAUAGUGAAAAAAAAGAUGCAUGGGUUAGCACCUGUAUCAACUGACUAUCUGCAGCCAAGUUACGAUCAGCUGCGCGUUGAGCUGUACCAGGGCUCAGUCACACAAAAAGACGCCCGCCUCAGAGGAUUUGAUCUGGUGACCAGUAUAGAGCUCAUCGAGCACCUCACUCUUGCUGAUGUGGAGCGUUUCUCUGAGGUGGUGUUUGGUUACAUGUCCCCAGGGGCGGUAAUUGUCAGCACCCCAAACUCUGAGUUCAACCCCCUUCUUCCUGGACUAUCAGGUUUCAGGCACAGUGACCAUAAGUUUGAGUGGACCAGAGCAGAGUUCAAGUCCUGGGCUCUGAAGGUGUGUUUGGAAUAUGGUUAUGAGGUGGAGUUCACUGGCGUUGGACAGGCACCACCAGGUCAGCAGGAGAGGGUCGGCUUCUGCUCCCAGAUUGGUGUGUUUCAGCGGCUCGGGGGGAGUGAGAGUUGCAGCAUGUUGUUGGGUGAUGAUGCUGAGGAUGUGUUUUCAUACACACUGCUGUAUCGUGUAAACUACCCCAGUCUGCAUGACAACAACAUCCUGCGGAGGGUCCUGGUUAGUGAGGUGUUGUAUUGGGCAGAAAAGCUGAAGAGUAGAUGGAUGGAGGAGAGGACUGGUGAGAGACAGCGCCAGGCUGAAGAUGGGGAGGAAUGUUUCGGAGCGUCAGAGAGACACAUUGAGAUGGGGGAGAAACAGACAGCAGCAUGUGGAUCUGAGGUGAAAACGCCAGUGGAGCAGUGGGACCGAGGUAUGUCAGGGCAACAGGAAGGAGAGGAUCAACAGGUGUUUUGGAGAAAUGGCCUAGGACGACAGGAGUCUUGCAAAUCGCGCAGGUGUGUUUCUGUACCUCUGGCUGUGCUGUGGUCCUGCUGCCCCAAAGUCAAUGCCCUGAGUGGAAGUCUUAGUAAUCUCCGCCAUUUCCUUAUGGACGACCCCAAAGUUAGGCUGAGCCAGGACGGCUCUGCUGUGCUCCUAAAUGUCCAGGAACAAGACGCUGAAGAAGAAGAGGAUCAUGAUGUUGUGGAGGACAGCGGGUACGCAGAGGCCAGCCGGUGCUCCCACAGUGCUGAGCCAGAGGAAGACUGGGAAGCAAAUGUCUGAUCUGGCGGAUACAGCUUUGUUGUCGGGGCAAGUAGGUGACUUGUUGAGCGAGCAAAUGGUUUCCCUUGGUUACUACUGGACAGUGCAGGUGUACUGACAAUUCCCAACUGCACUGUGUAAACUUUUGGCUUUUGCAUUUAUUAAAUACUUGUUUGGACUGCAACUUUGU